AUGGACUAUCCAACUGAAAAAGAACUUACGUUACAAAGGAAGGAAACUACUCCUGUAGAUUUUACGAGACUUUUGGUGAUGAGGCUCGUUUACGGUGUUGCGAAGGUAAUGGGAUUCGAAGAACCAGUUAGUGAGAUAUUGAAUGGGGCUCUUGUCCCGCCAGGGGCUGAUGAUGAUGACGACUUUGAUGAUGAUGAAGACCUAUUUGAUGAUUAU